GUGGUUACACUUCAAUUGAAUUAGACACGUCACAUGGUCGGAAAUCGGUGGAGGCGGACUGGAUCACCCGGAUGAGACGCGUCGAGCCCCUUCCAGGCGCUGAUCCUCUCCCUGAGCAGACCGUCAUGGAUUUUAUGACAGAUCAAGACGUGCAAAAGUACUUUGAGGACGGGUACGUGGUUCUGGACGGGCUGCUGACGCCCCAGGAGUGCGACGAGCUGAGGCAGAGGAUGGUGGAGAUAGUGGACCGGAUGGACGUCCCAGAGCACUGCCGCAUCACCUUCUCUACCUACCACGACGAGCAGCUCAGCGAACAGGGAAACGCCGAUUAUUUCAUCACCAGCGGAGAUAAGAUUAGAUUUUUCUUCGAAAAAGGUGUUUUUGGUGACAAAGGGGAGUUCAUUGUACCAAAGCACCGGUCGCUGAAUAAAGUUGGUCACGCACUGCAUGCGUACGAGCCGCUGUACAAGAAGGCCACUCAUUCACCCAGAGUUCAGGGCAUAGCUAAGAAGCUGGGCCUGGUGCAUCCUGUGAUUCUGCAGAGCAUGUACAUUUUUAAGCAACCAGGGAUUGGUGGAGAAGUGACGCCUCACCAAGACGCCACCUUUCUGUACACGGAGCCCCUGGGCAGAGUUCUGGGGCUGUGGAUUGCUCUGGAAGAUGCAACUGUCAACAAUGGCUGCCUGUGGUUCAUCCCGGGGUCUCACAGAAGUGGGAUUUCUCGGCGUAUGGUGCGCACCCCGAAGGGCACCUUUCCCCUGACGGACUUCGUGGGUCGAGAGCGGGACCACGACGCGGAGAGGUUCGUCGCUGCUCCGGUCAAAAAAGGUGGCGCCGUCCUGAUCCACGGGGAGGUGGUGCACCGCAGCGCCGAGAACACGUCAGAGGACUCGCGGCACGUCUACGCCUUCCACCUCAUGGAGUCCCAGGACACCAUCUGGAGCCCUGGCAACUGGUUGCAACCCACGGAGGAGCUCCCUUUCCCGCCUCUUUACACUAAAUGACUUCAUGAAAGACGUGAUGCUUUUCUUCCAGCAGAACAAAUGUGAAUUUUAACCAUAGCAAAUGUGCUGCACUUCGAUGCGGCUUGUUUUAAAUCUUGUGACACUGUUUCUCUGAGCCACAAGAUUAACGUGUAGCCUGCUGCAAUAGGCUAACCCACAUUUUUGACCUUUAGUGACCAAAGACAUUCAACAAUGCAACAGAUAUUCUGAUGUACUUUUAAUCAUCACCAACCAGCAUUAUUCUAAUCAUUCUGUUAAAGUAGGUUUAAAACGAGUCCUGUUUUUACACAAGCACAGUAAUAUUGUAAGACUAAAAGCAAAUGAAGACAACUCUCUUUUUUAACCUGUUUAUGACUUUUCACUUACAACAUUCAAAAUGUUCAUUGUCAAAAUGAACGGAGAAGGCAGAGAGCACCACUCACAGAUUCACACAGGUCCCAUGUCCAAGAAGGUGAGCUUUAAAGAAACCCACUCAAACUAGGAGGCUUGUUACUUAUCCUGUUCUCCUCUGAUGCACAUGCAAUGUUACAUUUAUAAAAAUGUACUGUAGGAGUGAUGCGAGGGGAAAACAAUGGACGUAUAAGAUCAUGCUAAUAAACUGUCAUCACAACAUA